UGCGGCUGCUGCGAUUCCUUGCGCGCGCGUCCGAGGGUACAGGCAGAGCAGACAAAGAUUGCUCUGCCCAGCCUGGGACGAUGGGAAGGAAAAAAAUCCAGAUCUCACGCAUUCUGGACCAAAGGAAUCGGCAGGUGACAUUUACCAAGAGGAAGUUUGGGCUGAUGAAGAAGGCCUACGAGUUGAGUGUGCUCUGCGAUUGUGAGAUCGCCCUCAUCAUCUUCAACAGUGCCAACCGCCUCUUCCAGUACGCCAGCACAGACAUGGACCGUGUGCUCCUGAAAUACACGGAGUACAGUGAACCCCAUGAGAGCCGCACCAACACUGACAUCCUGGAGACACUGAAGCGGAGAGGUGUAGGCCUUGAUGGACCAGAGCUGGAGCCAGACGAGGGGCUUGAGGAACCGGGAGAGAAGCUGCGGAAGUUGGCAGGUGACGGGGGUGACCCAGCCUUGCCCCGACCCCGGCUCUAUCCAGCAGUCCCCACUAUGCCCAGCCCAGACAUGGUAUAUGGGGCCCUGCCCCCACCAGGCUGUGACUUGAAUGGGCUUGGGGAGGCCCUGCCCGCCCAUAGCCGACCAUCUCCCUUCCGGCCAGCAGCCCCCAAAGCUGGGCCUCCAGGCCUGGCCCACCCUCUCUUCUCACCAAGCCACCUUGCCAGCAAGACACCGCCGCCCCUGUACCUGGCAGCUGACGGGCGGAGGCCAGACCUGCCUGGUGGCCUGGCAGGGGCUCGAGGGGGACUGAGCACCUCGUUUCCCUUUCCCCCUUUCUCCACACAGAGAAGCCUCUAUGGUACCCUGCAGAGUUCCUGCUCGGCCGCAGCCCCAGGACCCACACUAGGGAGCUUCCCAUUCCUCUCAGCAGGCCCCCCAGAAUAUGGCCUGGGAGACCCCCCUCCGCCCUCUGGCUUGCUGCAGCCCCCCACCCUGGCCCCCUGGCAGCCCUCGAGGAGUGAUGGGCCUCUAGCCGCCUCUGCCCAGCCCAGUGGGGGCCGCAGCCUGGGAGAGGAGGGCCCCCCAGCCCGUGGUGCCUCCCCGCCCACCCCCCCAGUCAGCAUCAAGUCUGAACGCCUCUCACCAGCCCCUGGAGGCCCCAGCGACUUUCCCAAGACCUUCCCUUACCCCUUGCUCCUGGCCCGGCCCCUGGCAGAGCCCCUAAGGCCGGGCCCCGCCCUCCGCCGGAUGCCCACUGCUGAUGGCUGGCCCCGGUAGUGGACCGGGAGGUGGCACAGGCCCUGCCCCCCAUGCCUGGCUGGGCAAGAGCAAGUGGGGCCCCAGCCUCUCUCCUGAGUCCUUAGUGAACACCCAGUGGAUACACCCCCUUCCACAGUGGGGACCUGGAGGAGAAAGGCUAGGUUGGGACCCGGGGUUGGGGGGGCCCUGUUCCCCCUUCCUGACUGUGUACUCACCAAUAAAAC